CUGUAUUUUUUUCGUUCAAUUCGACAUUGUGUAAUUGCCGAUAUUGGAAAAAUUUAUCUCUUGUUUUGUUUUAUGUAAAAAGUUUUGUUUGAAAUUAAUAAAAAUUUAAAAAAUUGUAUAUAUUUCAAUGAAAUUAAAAAAUGGAUAUUAUCGCAAGAAUUAUUAUAAAUUAUAACUAUAAUUAUAAAAAAACAAUAAUUUUAAGGUUAUGUAAUAAAUUAUAUUAUACAAAUACGAAUAAUUACAUAUGGACUUUAAAUAACUUUAUAAAAAACUGUAAAUACUUUCUUCCAUAUCAUGCGUUUACAACAAUUGCAGUUAAUGAAACCGUUCAAAAUAAAUCUAUAUCAAAAAAUCAUUAUUUAUUUGAACAUCAAAUCAUACAUUCGUAUUUUGAAAAUUCAGUACAUUAUAAUGGUACAAUUUUUCCACGUAUUAAAACAUAUGCAAAAGUUAUAUCUAAAGAUAUAAAUAAUUUGAAAAUUACAAAUUGGUCCAAUGAAUCCGCAAAUAAAAUUUUUAAAGCUAUUAAAAAAUUGACAUAUUAUUAUUUAAGUGAUUCAAAAUUAUUAAGUUUAUCAAUUUAUGACGACAUUUUGAGAGGUUGUAUUAAACAAUUAACAGUAUUAGAAAAUCAGCAAAUAAUGAUAUUAAUGCAAUGUUUAAUUGUAUUAAAUGAUGUAAUAAAAGAAACAAGUUCUUAUACCAAGUUUAUGAAAGAAUUAAAUAAAGAAUGUUUAAAACGGUUUUAUCCAUCAAAUACUAAGAAACUAUUAUUAAUGAGUGAUGCAUUCUAUCAAUUUCAAGAUAAAAAUUCUGAUUUUUUAUUUCGUGCAAUAAGAAAAUUAAGCUCGAAAAAUCUUUCUGCAAAAUCACUAGUUCAAAUGUUAUUUUAUUUAAAUUUAACUCAUAUAGGAUCAGCUAUAAAUAUGUUUGAAAUUGAAUAUCAGGUAGAACAAUAUAUGCCUGAUCUUGUUGUAAAUGAAUUAGGUAUAAUAGCAAGAAGUUUUUUUUUACAAAAAAGAAGAAUUAGAAAUAAAACUUUACUACCACUUAUAAUGAAAAAAGUUUCUCAAAAUACUAAUAACUUGGAUAGCAUAACUUUAGCAUCAAUUAUGAAACUUAUUAGGUAUAGCGAUUGUGUUCACUGUAAAGAAGAAUUUCAAAUAUUAUUGAAAAGUUUACAUGAUAUAAUACCAAAUUUAUCAUUAAAAUGUUUAGUCCACAUAGCACAUGCAUUUGGGAGUUUACACGUAUAUGAUGAAAUUUUAACAAAUAAAAUUAUAGAAAGAAUAAUAACUCAAAUACAAAAUGCAAGAUUAAAAGAUAUUGAAAGAAUUAUUUAUAGUAUAUGUACCAUUGCUCCUAAUACAAAUUACUAUACUGAUAUGUAUGAAAAAUUGAUUAAAGAAAUAACAACAACUUAUAAAACAACCAGAGCAUAUGAAAUUGAGAUAUUUCCAACAACACUUGUACGUAUUCUUACAUUCUUAACAAUGAAAAAUAUAUAUAUACCAGAAUUAAUUCAAUAUAUAUUUGAACCUAACUUUAUGCAAAAGAUAUAUAAAAAUAAUUUAAAAUUAAUAACAAAUGAAUGGUUAGUUUUACAUUGUUCAGUUAAAAUAGAAUUGCCUUAUUACCAAGGGCCAAUGCUAAAUAAUAAUAUGUAUAAAUAUUUAACAAAGAAAUUUUAUUAUAAUGAUGAUGUUUAUAGAAAGGAUAAUAUUAUAAAAUUAAAAACUGAAAUUGUAGAUUUAUGCAAGACAAAAUUGGGAAUAAAUGUAUAUGUUGAUUACAUUUUACCUCAUUAUCCAAAUAGAGAAAUUAUUUUUGGUAUGGAUAAAUAUAAUAAUUUUGUUGAUAUUGAAUAUAUUUUAUCAGAAAUGGAAACAAACACAAUUAAAAGUGUUAAAAAUAAAUUGGAGAACAUAAGUUGGAAAAUUUUAUUUAUAUUAUCAAAUCUAGGAAAUGUAUUAGGUCAUAAUGAUUAUAAUGGAUAUAUACAAAGACAAGUCAGACAACUUAAAACUAUUGGAUAUGAACCAAUUCUAAUUAAUCAAAAUGAAUGGAUUUUAUAUUCUCAAGACGAAAAAAUAGAAUAUUUAAAACAAUUA